AUGAAUGUAAUGGUUUACUUUACUAAAUUCAAGAAAGUUUGGGAUGAAUUAUCUUGUGUCAGACUAUUUCUUGUAUGUACUUGUGGUGCUGCAAAGGAAAUGAGUGAAAUCUGUGAAAGCGACAAAUUGAUCCAGUUCCUCAUAGGACUAAAUUCAUUAUAUGAUCACAUUAGGAACCAAAUCCUCCUCUUGGAUUUGUUUUCCCUGGUGAAUCAAGCACAUGCCAUGGUAUUGAGGAUUGAAAAACAAAGAGAGGCUAACACCUUUACACCAGACGUGACAGAUGGUUCCAUGGCCAUGAUGGCUAAGACACAAGGUAAUAAUAGGGAGAACACAAGCUAUAAAACAUCAUUCAAGAGAAGGGAGACCAAAAAGAAAGAAGAAAGAUUCUGCGAUCACUGCAAAAACACAAGGCACAAUAAGGACUCUUGUUUCAAGCUAAUUAGAUAUCCUAAAUGGUUCAAACAAAAGAAAAUGAAGCAGUUCGCAAAUGCUGUAGAAGAUACCUGUGAUAGCACACUUGAGGUUAAGCCAGGUAAAUGCACUCAAAAUUUUUCUGUUUAUGUUCGUUCUAUUAAUAUUAGUAAUUGGAUCAUAGAUAGUGGUGCUACAUCUCAUAUAUGUUCUUCCCUUAUACUUUUACAAAACACCAAGCCUGUAACUAAAUCCAUAAUUGUGUCACUACCUGAUGGAUUAACUAAAGAGGUUCAAAGAAUUGGCGAGGACAGACUUAAAACUAACCUGAUAUUGCAAAAUGACCUUUGGACUAAAGAGUUGGUUGCUGUGGGACACCUUCAUGAAGGAUUAUACAAGAUCAGUAUCAGUUCAUUCUCUGUAAUAAGACAUGUAUCAGAAAAGGCUAAUGUCUUAAUGAUGUGCCUCAUACUUCUUAACCAUAGUGGACAACUACAGCAGAUCGACAUGGACAUACCUGAUGCAAAACAAGUUUCAAGUCCAUUCACUCCUCUUCACUUUUCUCAAAAUGAUUCAACACAAUACCAAGCCACUGUGAAACACAUAAGGACAGAUAAUGGGGCAGAAUUCUUGGGAUUUGAGACAAUGAAAUUUUUUACACCUGCACAUCAAGAGUUUGUAGCAUUACUAUCUUUAACACAUGAACCAUAUUCUUAUGAACAAGCAAAGAUAGAUGAAAAUUGCGUAAGAGCCAUGGAUAUGGAAUUGAAAGCUCUGGAGAAAAAUUCUACUUGGGAACUUGUCUUAUUCCCUAUACACAAAAAGCCUAUCACUUCUAAAUGGGUGUACAAAAUCAAAAGAAAAGUUGAUGGCUCAAUUGACAGAUAUAAAGUCAGGUUAGUAGCCAAGGGAUUCAAUCAGCUUGAAAGAAUUGAUUACACUGAGAGCUUCUUUCCCGUAGCAAAAAUGGUCACCAUUCGCCUAUUUUUUGCCAUAGCAGUUUCCAGACAAUGGCCAAUCCACCAACUGGAUAUCAAUAUCGUCUACCUCCAUGGCUCCAUUAAUGAAGAACUAUAUAUGCUUCUCUCACAAGGCACUAAGGCACAACCAAAUUAA